AUGUUGGCAUUUGGAGGUUGGUUUUCAGAAUGGCUAAUCCCGAGUUUGGCUGACAUUUCGGUCUUUCUCAGUGGCGAUGUACGAUUACGGAACCUUGAGCUGAAGAAAGAAGCUCUGGAUCAGAUGAAGCUCCCCUUAAAUGUCAUGGAAGGGCAUCUGGGACAGCUUACGCUGCAAAUCCCCUGGAGUAAUCUGAAAGGAAAGCCGGUGAAAGUAAUUAUCGAGGAUGUCUAUCUACUAGCGAACCCAAAGGCCGAUCAGGAGUAUAACGAAGAGGAAGAGCAACGGCGGAAACAAGCUGUCAAACAAGAGAAGCUUCAGAAUGCCGAGUUACUUCAAGAUAGAAACACCGAAGGGAUGUCAGUGGAGGAGCUUCAGAAAAACCAGAGCUUCACAAACAGUCUGGUUACCAAAAUCUUGGAUAAUCUUCAAAUCACUGUGAAAAACAUCCAUAUCCGAUACGAGGAUUCUCUUAGCACUCCAGGGCACCCGUUUUCCCUUGGAUUCACGCUCGAGGAAUUUUCUGCCGUCUCAACCAACGAAAAUUGGGAACCUAACUUUAUCCAGGAUAACGUCUCUGUUACUCACAAGCUCGCCAAGUUGGGUUCGUUGGCCAUUUAUUGGAACACAGACUCCAAACAUUUUGGGGGUCGCCCUGAUGCCCAUGCAACGAUGGUAAAAGGUUUCAAGGGUCUCAUAGCGUCUGAGAGCAAUAUACCCUCCGGCCACCAGUUUGUGUUAAAGCCUGUAAGCGGCACUGGCCAUCUUGAGGUAAACAAAACUGGUAGAGCAGAUGUCCCUAAGAUGGUAGCCCGGAUGAUAUUCGACGAAAUUGGUUUUAUUCUCGAUGAGGACCAAUAUAGAGACGUGCUUAUGAUGGUUGACAAUUUCCACUUUUAUCUGCGUCAUCAGCAAUACAAGAGGUAUCAACCAAAAGGAAAGUCCCCAAAGGAGGACCCUAUGGCGUGGUUCCUUUUUGCCGGUAACGCUGUUUUGAGCAAAAUACACGAGAAAAAUAAGAAAUGGUCUUGGGACUACUUCCGUGAGAGAAGAGAUGACAGGAAACAGUACAUUAAGUUGUUCAAGCAACUGAAGCAGUAUGAACAACUAGCGGCAUCCGAGGCGGAAGAAUUAAAGAAACUUGAAUGGAAACUGUCAUAUGAGGAUCUAAGGUUCUACCGAUCUCUUGCAAGAAAUCAGCUGCGGAAGGACCGUGCGUUAGUCAAAAAACCAGAGCAUCAGGGGGCGCAAGGAUGGGUUUCAUGGAUGUGGGGCUCUGUUCAAAAGAAAGAGGAAGAACCCAGCACCAUCAUGACUGACCAGCAACGUAAAGAACUUUAUGAGGCGAUCGAUUGGGAUGAGAAGAAGGCCAUAGCAGAAUCCAUAGACCUUCCACGAGAUUCUGUUAAAAUGCAGGUUGAGGCGAGUUUGAGAACUGGAAGCUUCACCCUCAAGAGAGACCCCCAUGGGGACGGAGCGGAAAUACUGGCACUUCUGUUUGACACGUUCAAGUCAAGGGUCCUGCAACGUCCAGAUUCCUUCUACGGCGAGCUUAGCCUCGGAGGGUUAAGAGUUUAUGAUGGCACAACCAAGGGAUCCCUAUAUCCCCAGAUCGUGAGAGUCAAGGAUGCGGUCUCCGCGUUAGGACUUGAUGAGCUGGAUGACGAUGACGAGGAUGUCCCAAAGGAAUCAAACCCCGAUGCACCAUUCUUUCAGGCAUCAUUUGAGCGUAACCCUCUCGAUGAGAGCGCUGAUUCGGCAGUUACAAUGAAGAUGAGGAGCAUGGAAAUUAUCUACAACCCUAUCUUCGUGGAGGAAAUUUACAAUUUCUUUAAACCCCCGGAGCGACAUAUGGAGAGUAUUGGUGCUCUGAUGGAAUCGGCUGGUGCUACUGUAGAAGGUAUCCGACAACAAACACGGGCAGGGCUAGAGUUUGCUUUGGAAGAACACAAGACACUCAACGCCAAGUUAGAUCUACAAGCACCUCUGAUUAUUAUACCUGAAAGUAUUUGCGACGAGAAGUCGAAUUGCUUAAUUCUUGACGCCGGGCAUGUUAGCCUGACGAGCGACCUGGUAAAAAAGGGAGAUAUCAGAGAGAUACAUUCCAAACAGCGGCAACAAUAUAGUCAGGAGGAUUAUGCAAGGCUAGAGUCUUUGAUGUAUGACAAGUUUUCCUUGAAUUUAGAAUCAACGCAGGUUCUCAUCGGGCCUUCUGUGGAAGAAACAAAGCUACAGUUGCGCGCCAAGUCCGACAGGAAGCACCUUCAUAUUGUUGAUCGGAUCAAUAUUAAUUUCACAGUCGAUAUAUCUAUUCUCCCAAAAGCAUCAAACCUUACAAAGUUCCGAAUGUCGGGCCAUCUUCCCGUCCUUCAUGCUUCUCUGUCGGACAAAAAAUACAAAGCCUUGAUGAAAAUAAUUGAUGUGGCAAUCCCGAAACUAGGCCGCGAAGAUUCACCCAACCCCCGAAAGUCUGUGCGCCAACCCGCCCAGGAUUGGAAAUCUAAGCCCAUGCCUAACCAAACUCACGAGCACUUCGAGGAAGCAUCUGAUGGUAUUCAGAAUGAUUCGCCUAGUACACACCAGAGAACAUUCGAGCUCAAGUUUACUGUGGGGGAGUUACGAGGAUCUCUAUUCCGGGCAGAUCCAGAGGGGAAGAACCCCGAUAAGCAGCUGGUUCUCCUAGUUGCCGAACACUUUGCCUUAGAUUUCCACAUCAGGCCUUUUGAUAUGGCUGCAGAAGUAAUUCUAAAGUCAUUAAACAUCGAGGAUUUGAUAGAUGACGAUCCAUCCACUACUUUCAAGCGAAUUGUUACCUCUGAUACGCUUCAAGAGCAAUCAAAUGACAAUCCCCUUUUCUUCGUCAAGUACGUGAAGGUAAAGCGAGAGUCUCCAGAAUUUAUGACAGUUUAUGAGGCUAUUGAGACAAACGUGGAUGUUUCUAUAUCUACAAUUAAUGUUGUGAUAACCAGAAAGACUGUUUUAACACUUCUUGAUUUUGCCAUCACGACCUUUACAAAUCCCGGCAAUAAUCAAACCAAAGCCGCGAUCCAGUCCACUAAAGGCGCUACAUAUAGCUCUGGAGAGGAGGCGUCGGACCUGGCUAUUCCCAACGAUCCCCUGGAAGCCGAGAAAAUCCGCGUUAAGAUCAAUUUGGACAGUAUAAGCCUCAUCCUCAAUAAUGACGGUAUACGCUUAGCGACCCUCAGCCUUGCUAGUGCCGACGUUGGUAUGUUUCUUAUGGGGAAAACUAUGCGGAUCGGAGCACGGCUUGGAAACUUUUCCCUCUUUGACGAUAUCAAUGAAGGCGCUGAAGAGAAUUCGCCAUUGCGGCAGCUUGUUACUAUCCAGGGUGAUGAACUGGCAGAUUUCCGAUACGAAACAUUUGAUCCAGAAGCAAUCCAAUCAUAUCCUGGCUACAAUUCCUCAAUCUACCUCCGUUCCGGCUCCAUUAAAGUCAACUUUGUAGAGGAACCCUUUCGGAAGAUCAUUGACUUCGCCGUUAAGUUCGGAAAAAUGCAAGCCCUUUUUAACGCCGCACGUCAAGCUGCCAUGAAUCAAGCUAGCCAAAUGCAAGAAAACGCAAAUCAGAUUCACUUUGACAUCUUGGUCAGAACUCCUAUUAUAGUCUUUCCGCGAACAAAUUUCGCUCAUCAUGCGGAGCGGGACCUCCUUACAGCAUAUCUCGGAGAGCUCUACGCACAGAACAAAUUUGUUCCUCUUAAUAAUUCAGAAGAUUCUGCUGUUGUGAAUAAAAUCUCCGCUGGAAUCCGUAAGACGCGACUAACGUCUGUCUUCUACUUUAAUCAAGGUCAAAAAGAGGAGCUAGAGCUCUUGGACAAACUAGAUAUAUCUUUUGGGGUUACAUAUCUCGAGCAUACUUGCAAUGCCGAGCGACCAGACCUCGAGAUCGAGGGCUCAAUGUCCGAUCUUAAUCUCAAGUUAACCCAAACGCAGUUCAAGUUCUUACUAGAACUCUCCCGAUCAAUUCCGGCGGUCUUUACAAGCGAUCCCAAAGAGGAGGGGCUCGUCGAACAGUUGCCUGUGGAGAAUAUUGAGCCAGCGAAAAAGGCAAUCCAACAAACGAGCGAGGAGUCAGCCCAAGUCGUAAAUUUGAAUCCAGAACUAGGCGUCAGCUCGGAUACCUGGACCAAGGUGGACAUGGUCUUCAGUGUAGGGAGCGUAGCCUUAGAACUGUUCACUGCUGACCCGGACAACCCUAUUGGCGACCUCGAAGGUGCAAGCCUAUCUAGAGCUUCCCUAAGUAAUACUAAUGUUAAGCUCCGAAUGAUCAGCGACGGCUCUAUUGAAUCAGAGCUUCUAAUCGAUUCCUUCAAUAUUAGAGAUAGCCGGUUCCAAGAAACCAAUAAGUUCCGCAAGAUCAUGUCGUCUACGAAUGAUCAAGGGUCACAAUUUAUGGCCAGCGUCACGAUCUCAGGUGGCGUAGAACGAAACCUUGUGGCACUUCUAACAAUCGAUAGUCCCAGAAUUAUCUUUGCCUUGGAUUAUAUCUUCGCCCUCCGGAACUUUGUGAUGUCGGCAUUAGAAACUGAUGAGGGCCCCUUGGCAGAGGCGUCGGAAGAGAGUUCCGAGAGUGAAGAUGAUCUCAGCGAGAGAAACGAUAAAGUCAAGGAAACCAACGAGGCAAUACCUGUUUCCUUCCAAGUCAAUAUUGUCGAUUCCCAAGUCAUCCUGAUUGCCAACCCCGGAAUCAGUAACUCAGAAGCCAUUGUCCUAAGCACAAAGCAGAUUCUGGUUUCACAGCAACACGCUCUAACCCUUCAAAUUGAGGAAGUGGGAAUGUUCUUAUGCCGGAUGGAUAAGUUUGAAACCAGCCGUCUCCGUAUUUUGGACGACUUUGCAAUAGCCGGAUCGAUGGACAACCGGUCACUUGGUGUGAAUCAGUCCAUUCAGAGCAUCCAGAUAGAUGUUGACCCAUUGGUCCUGCGAGUAUCUUUGCGCGAUAUCCUUCUAGCGACCCAAAUAUUCAAUAAGGCAUCUGAAAUGUCUUCACCCAAUAAAGGCAAGCCUGAGAUACAAGGUGAGGCCAAGCGCCUUGGCACCUCAAAGGCGUCUGGGAAAUCUCUCAGGCGAAGAACUGCCAGUGGGAAAGAACCUUCAACUGCGGCACGGCAAGGUGCAAAAUCUUCUGCCACUGCUAGGAGUCAGACAUCUCAAUUCCAGCAAGGCCCUGGUCGACAACCCGCUUCGACAAUUGUGAAGCGGGAAGGGUUGAGCGCCAAUUUUGCUGGGAUGCGAGUAAUACUGAUCGGAGACCAGCAUGAACUACCAUUAUUGGACUUGAGCGUAAAACAUUUCAAUGCUCGAGUAAAGGAUUGGUCCGGAGAGUUGGAUGCAGACACAAGUAUCGAGUUAUUCAUGAACAUCUACAACUUUUCGAAAUCUGCAUGGGAACCAUUGAUCGAACCAUGGCAAUUGGACUUUCAUAUGUCACGCUCAGUUCAGCAAGAGAAACUCUCAAUUGAUCUUAUCUCCCGAAAGAUGUUAGAAUUGACUAUCACAUCCCAGACAAUAGCUUUAGCUUCCAAGGCAGCGCAGUUCAUGCAGCAAGACGAAGAUAUACUAACAAAACCGCGCGGCGCUGAUUCCCCCUACCGGAUUCGCAACCAGACCGGGUUCCCUUUGCAUGUAUGGGCUGCUUCCGACCCACUUCUAGGAGAACCAAUGGCAGUUAAGCUCGAAGAUGGGGAACAAGUGCCUUGGAGAUUCGAAGAAUGGGAGAAGAUGCGGGAAAACUUGAGCCCCGAUGGAUCUAGUGGCAUUGUAGGCAUCAAAAUCGAAAAUUCAGGGUUCGAGAGCAUAACCGAAAUACCCGUUAAUAAGGAAGGCGAGACGCUCUACACACUUCGUCCGCCAAAGGAUAAUACCCUCCACCGUCUACUAUGUGAGGUACAUCUUGGGACAGAUAACGUCAAGUACAUCACCUUCAGGUCACCUCUCAUCAUCGAAAACAACACUCAAAUUCCUGUAGAGAUCGGUGUCUUAGACGUCGAAGCUCAGCAUAUUGUCAGAGUUUAUAAAAUACUACCGGGUGAAAGCCAGCCAGCUCCAAUAGAGACCGCAUAUCACCAAUCAGUAGUGGUUAGACCAGAUGCUGGGUUCGGGUAUAAUUGGUCUCAAGACCAUCUGUUCUGGAGGACCCUUUUGAAAAAGCCGACCAAAUGUCUCAACUGCAAUAGCGAGGAAGGAAAUAAUGCGCCCCCAUUUUACUUCCAAAUGCAUGCCACCUUCUCACGGAAUAACCCAGUCGCGAAAUUAUAUCCGUACAUGAGGAUCCAGUUAUCUGCACCCCUCGAGGUUCAAAACCUUCUUCCUUAUGACUUCAAAUUCCGCAUAUAUGACAAGCAUACCAAGAAAGAAUGGACGAAUUUUCUUCGCAAAGGCGGCUUGAGCCCAGUCCAUGUGAUCGAACUUUCACAUCUACUUCUCAUGAGUAUCGAUAUGCAAGAUACCGUUUAUAGCGCCAGCGACUUCGCUAUAAUCAAUUCCGAUAGCACAGAGUUUGAUAAAGAAACAACGCUGGUGGCGAAAGACAACCAGGGCUUGGAACUAAGGCUUCGGCUACAUUACUUCCCGAUUGCUAACAGUGGUGGCGCCUUCCGAGUCGCAGUCUAUAGUCCUUACGUGAUUCUGAACAAAACUGGGUUGACGAUGAUGGUUAAGUCUAAGUCUCUGUUACAAUCCGCAAAGGUCGCCGCAGGGCAGAUGCAAACGAGUGCAGGAUCCUCUCAACGAGCUGUCCCCUACAUGUUUUCCUACCCGAAUGAUGACCGGCAGAACCGUGCGGUUCUCAAAGUAGGAGAUUCGAUCUGGAGUAGACCUCACAGCUUUGAAGCGAUCGGGAACGUUGCAGACGUAGUCCUCCCGUCCUCAACAAAGGAAACCGAGUUGCAUAUCGGAAUAUCAGUGGACGAAGGAGAAGGAAAAUACAAAAUGACGAAAAUCGUUACUUUGACUCCUCGAUUCAUCCUUAAGAGCAAAUUAUCCGAAGUGAUUCAGAUAAGAGAACCUGGCACCGGUUCAAAGAACAUCAUGACUCUAAAUCCCGGAGAGUUACUUCCCUUACAUUUCCUCAAGGCUUCUGAGCGUAAACAGCUGACUCUACUCUUCCCUGGCAUCAAUAAUCGAUGGUCAUCGUCUUUUAAUAUCUCUGAUUUGGGAAGUGUACACGUUAAGAUGCAUAAAGCUAACCAGCGGCAAAGCCUUAUACGGAUAGACAUUUUACAAGAGAAAGCUACUAUUUUUCUACAUCUUAGUAUUGAAAAGAAGAACUGGCCAUUCUCUAUGCGGAAUGAGAGUAGCCAGGAAUUUACCUUCUACCAAGCCGACCCCAACCAGGACGAUGACGAAGAAAAGGAGAGCGACUUCCGUCCAGUCUAUUACAAGCUUCCGCCCCGAAGCAUUAUGCCUUACGCCUGGGAUUUCCCAGCUGCUAAGAGCAAAGAGCUUGUUCUGAUGGUUCACAACCAAAAGCGACAUGUCCGCCUUGCAGAGAUCGGUAACCUAGUGCCUUUUAAAGUGGAAACUGGCGUAAUUGGUGAGGAUGGCAAUCCAAUAAAGAAGACAAUUGAGAUCAACGUUCGAGCGGAUGGUCCCACACAAACCUUAGUCCUUUCCAACUACCGACCUUCCAAGAGUUUAUACAAACCCAAGACCAACGCAUCGUCUAGUAGCAUUGCGACGAGUGCCGGCUUCGAAGUGAAGGAUGGGGACAGUGACAUUACUUUUCAGGUCCAAAUCCGAUUUGCUGGGAUCGGAAUUUCGCUUAUCAACAGACAAAUCAAGGAAUUGGCUUACAUCACUUUCCGCGACCUAGAAGUGAAAUACAAUGAGUCAUCCCUUCUUCAAACCCUCAACGUUCUUUUGAAGUGGAUCCAAAUCGACAAUCAAUUAUAUGGAGGACUUUUUCCUAUUAUUCUCUAUCCUAGUGUCGUACCGAAGACAGGUAAAGAAAUGGAUGUUCACCCCUCGCUUCAUACAUCAAUCACUCGAGUGAAGGAUGAUUCAUACGGUGUACUCUAUAUUAAAUAUGCCACAUUCCUAUUGCAGCAGAUGACGCUUGAAAUCGAUGAGGACUUUAUUUAUGCGCUUCUCGACUUUUCCAAGAUCCCAGGUGCUAGUUGGAUGGAAUACGAUGACGGGAAAUUUGCCGGGCAAGACAUGUACUUUGAGCUGCUGAACAUUCAACCCGCACAGCUUGAUAUUUCACUUCUUCGGACAGAAGUAGUCAAUGUCGAGGACAAAACUUCAUCACGCAACCCCUUGCUGUUUAUCCUAAACGUCUUUACAAUGGCGAUCGGAAAUAUCAAUGAUGCGCCGGUGCGCCUAAAUUCUUUGAUGUUGGAAAAUGCAAGAGUUUCAAUGCCGGUCCUUGCCCGGCACCUUCAGACCCAUUACAGCAACGAGUUCUUGUACCAAAUCCACAAGAUUCUAGGGUCGGCAGACUUUUUGGGUAACCCCGUUGGAUUGUUCAACAAUAUCAGUUCUGGUGUCUGGGACAUAUUUUACGAGCCUUAUAACGGCUUCAUCAUGACGGAUCGUCCAACCGAACUUGGUCUUGGGCUUGCCAAGGGCGCCACCAGCUUCUUUGUCCAAGUUUACGGGCACCGUUUACAUGAAGGCCUCGCUGCGGCAACCUUAGACAAACAGUUCCAAGAUCGUAGGCGCAUUUCACGAGCACGGAACCGCCCAAAACAUGCGUUAUAUGGUGUAACAUCUGGCGCUGACUCACUCAUCACCAGCUUCGCCAGUGGCUUCGGUGGACUUGCUAGAAAGCCGCUGGAAGGCGCAGAGCGUGAAGGCGCCUUAGGCUUCUUGAAGGGACUUGGCAAGGGUGUUGUUGGUCUGGCUACUAAGCCUGCGAUUGGAGUCUUUGAUCUCGCGUCAAAUGUCACCGAGGGUAUCCGUAACACAACGACCGUCUUUGACGCGGAAGGACUGGACCGGGUCCGCCUCACACGAUACAUCGGCCAGGAUGGGGUUGUUAGACCGUACUCACAACGCGAAGCAUUAGGUCAAUUUUGGCUGAAGCAGCUAGACAACGGAAAGUUCUUUGACGACGAAUACAUUGCUCACCUAGAACUCCCCGAGCAGGACCUAGUCGUAAUGUUGACAUAUUCGCGAAUCAUGCUUGUCAAAGCUAAACGGCUUUACUGUGAAUGGGAUCUUCCCCUAAACGAGCUUCAAACAAUCAGUAUGGAGAAAACAGGAAUAGCUUUAAUGCUACGAGGUGGUCGACAAGGUCCCUUUAUACCAACCAGGGACGAGUCAUCGCGGAAGUUCUUAUUCAAGAAAAUUGGGCUCGCUGUUAAUUCUUUCAACAGCACGGCCGCUGUUUCUUAAAUUGUACAGCCUAAGAUCGAGGCUUUUCUCGAAAAACAAUAUUUCAAUGUGUUUUCUUUCCCUUUUCUUAGGGUGGCAUGUUUAACGUCUCAGUGAACGUUUUUUCUCUGUUGUCUUUCCCAUAUCCACUUUUCUUCUAUUUUUCCUCUAUCUGCCCCAUACCCUCUCAAAAGUGCAUCAACACCUAGUCAGUUAGGCUUAAGUUUCUACUACCUUUAUCUAGGUAUUUUAUAUAAGUAACGGCAGCGGAAUGUUUCUUACUACUAUGCAGCGCAUUUGAAACCUCCAACCA